CGUCACUUCUUAUGGUCCCUGCCCCGCUCGUUUGUUUUCCUUCUGGCAUCACCUUUACUUGUGGAUUCAGUGGCUCUAUGAUGGCAUUAAUCAACUCUAUAAAAGCCUCUGUUUCGAAACUCUGGUUUCCCCUCACGACGUAUCAUGCCUUUCACGACGUCUUUGUUUCACUUCAAGUUAUUCUACUACUUCUGUCUCCUAAAGCUCGUUACGACCCUUCCAUCUAUCCACGGUUCUCCAGGACUUCAUCCGAGGUCAGCAGCAGUUACUAACGUUUCCAAGGCUGGGCUCGCAUGGCCGAACGGCGAUGGCGAUGACAUUGAUCAGUAUACCUCUACUGGAAAGGUCUCAUGGUACUACUCCUGGUCUCCGAAGACAUGGAUCAAAACUGAUAUCCAAUAUGUACCAAUGCUUUGGGGUCAGAGACAAGUUGAAGAGUUCUCUUCGACUAUCAACCAAACCAUCUCUGAAAUAAAUAUUAGCCAUGUCUUGGGGAUGAACGAACCCCAGGAAAAAGGCCAGUCGAAUUUGACGCCACAACAAGGAGCCGACAUGUGGAAAACUUACCUUGAACCCCUUCGUUCUCGAGGCAUCCGUCUAGGGAGCCCAGCACCUUCCAGUGCACCUUCGGGGAAAAUCUGGCUUCAAGAUUUUUUAACUGCUUGUGGCGAUGGCUGCACCGUCGAUUUCAUCGCUCUUCACUACUACGACGUUAACGCCACUGAUUUCGUGAGGUACCUAACAGAUCAUCAUAAUACUUUUCAACGUCCGAUCUGGGUCACCGAAUGGGCUUGCCAGAAUUUUAAUCAGGCGAAUAAGCAGUGUUCUCAGGACGACAUCGUUUUGUUUCUGAACAAAACACAGUCCUUCAUGGAUCGGACCGAUUGGGUAGAGCGGUACUCGUGGUUUGGUUCCAUGAGGGAUAUGCAAGGCGUCAAUUCGGACAAUGCUCUCAUGGGUCAUGAUGGAAAAAUCACGAAUUUAGGCCUGCAGUAUAUUGGGGCAAAGAACGCAACGACCAGCGGUUCUGGGAAUGCUGAUGGUCCUAACGCCCCCGGGGGUCGCGAGAACAGUUGUUCCUCAACAAAAACCCAUACAUUUUUCUCUGUCGUGAUCAUGGUCUUUUCUACUCUAUGGCUGCAAAGGGUCGCCUAAGAUAGGAGUGACACCUCUCACGUUUCCUAUGUACUGAUAUGUAACAGGCUACGCGUAACAGUAUACGGACGCACUUGAACUGCAUAUUCUUACCCGUAGCUACGUAUGUACAUCCUUGCUACUUAGAAUUGUAGAUACACAGUUUGUAUUAUCUCACGGUCAAUCAAAAGUACGAUGGAGGUUCGGCCGAGUAUUCGUCGG